AUGUCCACACUCAUGGAGUUUAAGAGUUCCGUCCUGCGUCAGGUCCAGAACCGGCCGUCGCUGCGCAGGAAGCCAGAGGGUCCGUCCAUCUCCCAGGAGGAACCACCUCAGCCCCUUGGUGUUCCCAGAUCCCCUCAACCUGCCGGCGUUCCCAGGUCAGGGGCUAUGUUCAAACAGGGCGAAAUUUACCAGUCAAAUGCUGAGGAGAAUGACAGCGGCAUCAGAAUCCUGCUGCAGCUGCAGUUGGCGACAGCGACGCAGCCCGUUGAAAUAGAAUUGCAGAGAGAUGCAGGAAAUGCUUCACUGCUUUCCCUUCUCCCCAGCAUCGAGGAGGAGGAGGGAGACGGCGACAUCUUCGAAGCACUGUCUGCGCUGCAGCGGAAGCGGGAAAUCAUGCAUCGGGAGUACGCCGAGCUCCUGGAUGUCCCGGUGUCGCCGCCGCUGCUGGGAUCUCUGGGAAACCAGACACCGUCCGAGAGCCCGAGGGCAACGAGAAAGGAGCUGCGGUUGCUGUACGAGGAGGUGCUGUACACGGUGCUGCAUCGCGCUGGAGUUCCUGAGAUUGGACACAUCACAGAUGAGACUGGACUCUUCCACUACCUGCAGAAGGCGUUCACCGUUGAUCUGAGUGACCACGAGUCAAUGCUGCAGAGAGCAAAGGCAGCCAAGCCCCCAUCGUUCGGCAUGAGAGUGACGGUGGUGGAGGCCAGGAACCUGAUGGCAAAGGACGCCAACGGCUUCAGCGACCCCUACUGCAUGUUGGGGAUCAUGGUGGGCCCUGCCACCCGGGAGCACGAGGAGAGGAAGGAGCGAAGGUUCAGCUUCAGGAGGAAGAAGGAGAAGAUGGAGAAGAGGGCGAGCGUGAGGGAGGGGCUUCCCGCCAAGUACAUCCAAGUCACCGAGGUCAAACCCAGCACCCUGAACCCCGUGUGGAACCACAGCUACGUCUUUGAACUAGACGACAUUCAGAGUGACCAGCUUCACUUGGACAUCUGGGAUCACGAUGAUGAGGUGUCUGUGGCCGAGGCCUGUAAGAAGCUGAACGAGGUCAGCAGCUUCAAAGGAAUGGGCAGAUAUUUCAAGCAAAUCGUCAAAUCAGCACGAACUAACCGAGAGGCGACCUCAGCAGAGGACAAUGCAGACGACUUCCUCGGCUGCCUCAACAUCCCCAUCAACGAGAUCACCGUUGACGGGAUUGACAAAUGGUUCAGACUCGAACCGCGAUCCAGCUCCUCCAGCGUCCAGGGGGAGUGUCACCUUGUCAUGAAGCUGAUCGUUACUCAGAAAGAUGCCGCGCUGUUCAAGAAAGUCACAAACACCAGCGUCUACGAGCUGCUCCUCACCCGCCUGCUCCAGUACGAGCAUGUCAACUUCGAGACUGACCACUAUAGCUGGGCUGGCAGCCUGAGUCACCACGCGGACACCAUCCUGUCUCACCACGCCAUGCAGCUCAACCUGUCACCUGCACACAAAGCUGCCGUCGAGUGGCAGGCUUACAGCAAACACCACCAGAGCCGCUCCAUGGAUUACGCCUUCCUCCUGCAGCUGCUCCUCAACCUGGAGGAGAAAUGGGAACCCGGAGACUUCAGCCGCGAGCAGGAACAGGCUCUGGCCCAGAGCUUCAGUAUGUUCAGUGAAUACACUUGGGCUCUGCUGCACAAACUCCGCCAAGUUUUCCCCUUUAACAUCACCGUCGCCCUGAGACGCCUGGAGCUGAUCCUCAGGUGUAUGUGCCAGAUGUACUCCAUGCCAGUCUUUGCCAAGGUUUCCCCAUUCCACAAUGAGCUGCAUGUGGAGCUGACCGCGGUGAUGAAGAAAGCCACCAGCGACUGGUACGAGAAAAUGUCUGAGAGUUUCAAGUUGGAAAUGACGAGCGAGCUGGGGCAGCUGAAGGCUUUGGUGGAGCUGGUGGACAUGGUGUGUCUGGAUCUGCAACGCAACCAGAAUGUGUACAAUAAACUCUUCAUCAGUAUUGUGAAGGUGGAUUACUUCAGCCUGACGUACCGGCUACUGGAGAAGCAGGUGGCGGAGGAUGUGAACCAGCUGAUGGAGGAGGUGACGGAGGCGAUGGAGGAGGGAAAGGCCAGGAUGACCCAGCAGAUGGGGGAGAUCUUGUUCGAGCUCUACCUGUCUCUCAAAGAACUCCAGCAGCUCAAGGACUUUCUCCCUCUGAGGGAUUCGAAAUCUCUAGCUCUGGUCGGUUUCCACGACUGGUUCCAAUCGUCAAUCAACAAGUGGCUGCAGAUUGUGCACAAGAAAUCCUGUGAGAGAAUCCGCAAAGCUGUGGAGAUGGACCAGUUGGAGCCUGUGGACUCGCUGUCCAGGCACAGCAGCUCUGCGGUGGACGUGGUGACCUGCUUCUCACAGAUCAGGAACUUCUGGCUGCAGCUGGCGUGGCCCGACCCCAUGGGGGCCUUCAUCUUCAUCACCAGGAUCACUGACGACAUCUGCAGUGGAGCCGUGCUGUACUCCGAGCUGAUACGACAGAAAGCGGAGAUAGAGACCAAAAUCAGCCAACAGCUGUGUAUAGCCCUGAACAACAUUGAGCACGUGCAGCAGUACAUCUCCGAGCUGCCUGGGACUCUAGACUGGCACGGGGUGGAGGUGGCCCUGGAGCAGCUUUGUGGACCCGACGGUAAACAGCAGGUACAGAAGGCGCUGAGCAGCCAACUGCAGAGCAUCGACAUCGGCAUGCAGCGAGAGGCCAAGUACACCAUCCAACAGAUCGUGGCCAAGAUGGACACCGACUCGAGGAAGUAUCUCCAACACAUCAGUCUGUCCCCUGACUCCAUCCAGCCCGAUGAUGCCGUGUCGCCCCUCAUGAAGUUCCUGGAUGAUAACCUGAUGAUUCUCAGCGAGUGGCUGGUUAGAGAGAACCUCAGCAGGAUACUCAGUGCUCUGUGGAAGCUGCUACUGGAUUUGAUUGAGGAAAUCCUGGCCGAAAAUCGUGGUUUGUCCAUGGAAUUCUACGGGCGUUUUCACUUCACACUGGAGGCGCUGGUGGAAUUCUUCCACGCGGAAGGUCAGGGGCUGUCACUGGAGGAACUCCGCAACAAGGAGUACCAGGGUAUUGAGGAGGAGCUUCGUCUCAACAAGUGCACAACCCGGCAGCUGAUCGAGCAGUUUUUCCUGGACAAACUUCACCAGCAGAAAUCCAUGGAGCACUCGCCGUACGGCACGUUGGUUAUCAAGCUCUAUUACAACACCAUCGAUCACAAGCUGCAUGUCCUGGUGCUGCAUGCCACCAACCUCAUCGCCCUGGACUCCAACGGGCUCAGUGAUCCCUUUGUUAUAGUUCACUUGGCUCCUCACCACAGCUUUCCUGGGGUCAAAGGGCAUCGCACACAAGUCAAAACUAAGACGCUGCACCCAGUCUACGAUGAGCAUUUUCACUUUACGGUCAGUGUAGAGCAGUGCCGGCUGAGAGCUGCCUGUAUCCACUUGACGGUGAUGGACCACGACUGGCUCUCCACCAAUGACUUUGCGGGGGAGGCGGUGAGCCCACUGGGGCAGGUGCCGGGCCUGGACGGGGUCCUCGUGCCGGGGGGCUUGAAGAACACCCCCGCCCUCACCCUCAAACUCACCCACCCGGGAUCCAGAGGUAACGCCAGCGGCGACACGGCCUGUCUCCCCAGUGUCCCCCGCGCAGCUGUGUCUCAAUGUCCCCUGGACUCCCAGAGCAGACAUCACACAGCUAGAGACAGUCACUGA